CACAUAUUGGAAUAAAUAUUAGAUGAAUUCUAUAACUGCAAGUACACCAAACCGAUCAGUCAUUAACGACCAAUACUAAUAUUGAACACGCUUGGAAAAAAUACAAACAAAUGUUGUACAUUGGGGGAUAUUAUUAGAUAUAUGCAUAAGUAGACUAAGAAGCAGACGAUAUUAAAUCUGCUAAAGAUUGAUCGAUCCUCAGUUCAGUCAGUGGUAGCGAGAUUCCUUUACUUUAAGAAGAAUGGCUCUAAAAGACAUAAUUAGCGACCAGAGCAGUGUGCGGAGUGUUCUUUGAAAAUGGUCGGUAUAAGUACUUUAUGUUGUUUUUUCUGGACGGAUUAAUGUACCAUUUAUAUUAUAGUAUGCUACGGGAAAACCCAUGUACAUAUAAACAACAGCUGAUUAUCAUUUUCUGAAGCUUUAAUGAGGUCUAAUUAAUCUCACUGAUCACCGGAAGUUAUUGAAUUGCAAGGAUGUGAUGGAAAUAAGCAGACGAGAACUUGUUCCGAGGAUUUACAUAAUAAAAAUGCAAACUCUAAACACUGUAACAAGAUGAGAAAAAUAAACUUUAAAGGAUGUAAAAUGAAGCUACAACGAAAAGUAUCCACAAAUAAUUUUUGGAAAGUUGAGUGGAAUAUUGUUUAGUUUACCCCUUCAGUAUUAUAGUUUUUGUGACAUAUGUUUCUAUGAAAUGUGAUUUUAAAAGAAUCUUAAAAGAGUUGCGAGAUCUUGGAGAUAUAAAGCUGUAUUGGCAUAAUGAUUAUUGAUGUGUAGUUUAGUUCUGCAUAAGGAAAUGGCUCUGACGCCAAGAUAUAAGCAAAGAACUGAGUCUUUGCCUAAUGCAUUACAUGUUAUGUUCGGAAAUGGCCAAAUCAAUCCAGAAGACAAUCCAAAUCAUUUGGUAUACAAAAAGAUGGAGACUAUCGUGGAAAAAAUGCAGGAUGAACAAACUGGUGUUCCUGUUCGAACUGUCAAAAGCUUCAUGUCAAAAGUGCCCAGUGUUUUCACAGGUGUUGAUUUGGUGGCCUGGAUGAUGAAAAAUGUAGAUGUGGAAGAUCAAGUUGAGGCCCUACAUCUAGCCUCUUUAAUGGCUGCUCAUGGAUAUUUCUUCCCAAUAGAUGAUCAUGUUUUAACUGUAAAGAAUGACAACACAUACUACAGAUUUCAGACCCCAUGUUUUUGGCCAUCAAGAUGUGGAGAACCAGAGAAUACAGAUUAUGCUGUUUAUUUAUGCAAGAGAACGAUGCAAAACAAACAGAGAUUAGAACUAGCAGACUAUGAGGCAGAAAACUUGGCAAGGUUACAGAAAAUGUUUUCACGGAAGUGGGAAUUUAUUUUUAUGCAAGCAGAGGCUCAAGCUAAAGUUGAUAAAAAACGAGAUAAAUUGGAAAGAAAAGUUUUAGACAGUCAAGAGAGAGCAUUUUGGGAUGUUCAUAGACCCGUGCCAGGAUGUGUAAAUACAACAGAAGUAGAUAUAAAGAAAGCAUGUCGGAUGAACAGGCACUCAAAAAUGACAAGGCCAAAUUAUGCUGUCCCUGGUGGUAGGUUAAGUCCUAGUGUAUCAGAGGCAGAUUUACACAAUCCUUGUGAAAGUUUACGACAUGAGAUUGAAGUUUUAAAGAAAAAAUUAGAAAAACGAAGAAUAAAAAUUUCCAAAGUUACAGAGAGUUAUGUAUCAUAUUUUGACCAGUAUGCUGAAUUUGAUGCAUUUAUUACUCCCCCUGACCCAUCAAAUCCAUGGAUCUCAGACUAUAUAGAUUUCUGGGAACAGGAAAAAACAGUCAACCCUCGUGAUAUACCACAACGCAGAGUAAAAAGAUGGGCUUUUUCUAUAGAAGAACUACUAUGUGAUCCUGCUGGGAAGGAACAAUUUAGUAAAUUCUUAGAUAAAGAAUUCAGUGGGGAAAAUUUAAAAUUUUGGUUAGCAUGUCAAGAUUUAAAAUGUCUACCUAUUAGAGAAGUUAAUUUUAAAGUUACUGAAAUAUUUUCAGAAUUUUUAGCUCCAGGUGCUCAUAAUCCAGUUAAUGUAGAAGGUCGCAUAUCAGAAUUAGUACGAGGUCGAAUAGAAAAUCAUGUGGAUAGAUACUGUUUUGAAGAAGCUCAGGACCAUAUAUUUAAAUUAAUGAAAAGUGAUAGUUACAGUCGAUACCUUCGCUCAGAUAUGUACAAAGAAUUUCUAAGUGGAACACGGAAAAAAAGUAAAAAGCGACUAGAAAUUAGAAAAGUAGUUGUUUGACAAAAUGGUAACCUAUAGAAAACAUUUUACUGGAAAUAUCGAUUAGACGAUACAUUCUGAUAAACACACAUCAGGUUUAAGUCACUUUUAAUUAGAGACAGUUUAAGAGCAUCCGGUGUAAAACAACUGCUGAGAAACACCUGAUAAGAAUAUUCUUAUGGAAGUUACAGAAGUCAACGUUUGACACGACAUUAUAAGAAUAGUUCUGUGAAUAUAAGCCGAAAGAAACAAUUCAAGUUUAAUAGCAGAAAUCAGCUAUUAGGAGCGUUGUUUGAAAUAAAGGCUCAAUGUCCAAACACAUAGCAAUAUAGCAAUAUACACAAAACUUUGACUAUCGUAGUAUAUGCUCGCUCUUGGGAUAAGUUGUCAGAAGUUGCUGUUAACAACGUAUGAUGCUGUAAAGUAAUAUUUGAAUAUGUCUGUUUGUAAGACUGAAAUACCAAAUGUAGCUUUCAUGCAGUUUGAUAUCUCGCUCUCUCAACAAUACAAAAGUAAGCUCUGUCUGACGAGAGAAGCAAUAUAAUAUGUGCUGCUGUUUUUUUGUUUUUUUUUUAUAUGAAUAGGGCAUUUUUACUCAUAUUUCCGUCAUUGAUUAUCUUGUACAAAGAGGUAUGACAAUUGCCCAUGUAUUUGUUUACUCGCAUACUCAAAGUUGGAAACAUUGAUGUCAUCGACUGGAAUUAUCUAAACUUUUGAAAAUAUCAAUGAUUGCCUGUAAAAGUUUCUAUGGAAAGGCGCCCGGAACCAAAAUCUUUUAUGCUUAGUUAAAUUAUGGUUUUGUUUUGGAUUCUUUUCUUGUCCAUUUUUUAUUUAAACAUUGUCAAAAAUUGAUUAAAAUUGCAGUUUUGAGACAUAUAUAAGUAUUUAUAAAUCAAUUGAAUGUUUUAUUAAUUUGAUAUAAUAUUGCUUAUUAUUCAAAGCCGAAAACAUUUAUAUGAUAAUGAUUAUUUUUUAAUGAAUCGAUGACCUUUUGAAAAUUAACAUAGCGGAUAAGUGAAUACAAGGAAAAAUUGUCUGACCUCUUUAUUUGAUCCUCAUUUCAAAUCACAUUCAUACCUCCGAUGAACUACGUAGGGAAAUAGAAAACUGAGACAAUUUGAUACUAAAUGAGCAACUGGGAAUAUAUGAAUAAAAAAAAAAUGGAACGCAUGCAUGAAUAUAUCUGAUAUAACGAACAAAACACAACCUGAAUGCUACUCUUUAUUUUACAACAAUGUAAUCAUGUGAAAUACUUAGUCCAAUAUAUAUCUACAAACACGUCAAAUAUAAAGAUGACUAAUAUAUUUGAAAACAAAAGAUGGGCGGACUAAACAUUCAAAACUGCUUUAAUCAAAGGUUGAAUUUAUGUCCUCAGGAACACUGCAGUGAUAAUUAUAUUUCCUCUUCAAUAAAAAAUACAAUGUUCAUGCAAUUUUUGGGAAAGAGAUAUGUUUUAAUAUAGAAAAAUUCUUUGUUUCAUGUUCAUAAUUUGUUGCAUACAUGCACAAACAGAUAAAAAUUUCUGCUGAACACUUUUACUGAUCUGAACGAGCUCGAACUAGAUUAUUUUGAAUGAAGAUAGCAUACUGGCAUUACUAUAAAUAAAAAAAUGAGUUAUUUUUUUUACAGAUUUUUUUGCAUAAAAUGAAUGUAAAUGCUUCCAAAAAUUAUUAACACAUCUAUAUAUAGUAUUUCGAACUUCUUAAUGACAGUAGUAUUUUGUCCCAUGACAUUAUAUCUCAUCGACACCGGUUACUCGAGAAUCUAAUUUCAGCUCGUUUUGUACACAGACAUUCAACUUUUUGAUUAUAACCUGAUAUAAGGGGUUUGAACCCUAUUUCAAACUUACUUUAACCCAUGUCGAUUAUGUACCUUCUGACGUUAUACCAUUUGCAUUCAUUGAAACUAUGGCAGGUUUUCACAUAGUAAGAUUUAUCUAUGAUCGAAAAUUACUUUAUAAAAUAUUUACUGUAUUUUUCCAUUAUAAGAACAUACAAUACUCCUUUUUUUUUAUUUAAUCAUAACUUUAUGUCAGCAAUUCAGCAACAUUGUACCUUUCUUUCUUAAUCAAUUUCCGAAAUAUCGUUUGGUAAGUUGGAAUAACAAAAACUUCAUUUUGCUUAUCAACCACAUUGUUUAUCUGUUUAAACUUUUAUACGCAUCACACAAAUAGUUAUGGAGGUGAUAACGUAAUAAUUUACGUUCCCAAGAAAAACUCAAUGUCUAUAUGCAUAUCAUAACUGUUAUGCUUAUUACUUUUCCGCAAAGUGUAAGAUUGUUUUACUAUAUUCAAUAUGCAGAUAGAUCAUUGUUUUCCUUUUAUAACGAAAAUGAUGAUUGCUACAGAUUCCACAGAUUCUAUUAUGUCAAACUUGCUUGUACAUACAAUAAAUAAUAUCCCCUGACAUACAAUGCUUCAAUACAUAUCAAACUGUAAUAUUUCAAAUUUUGAGAACGACAAUGCAUGACAAAAAUAACAAUGCAGUUCUACAUGUGAAAUUGUUUAGAAGUUACCACAAGUGCCUGUGUAUGCACAGGUUGAAAUUAAAACUAUAUUGAUGAUUCAUACACAAAAAAAAAAAAUAUCUAUGAAAAUUAAAUGCACAAAUAUUUCGGUGAUUGAAGCAGGGUUUUUAUUAUGUAAAAUAGAAAUAGAGAAAUAUAUGUAUACAUAACAAUACAAUAUCAAUAUAUUAAACGGGCAUUAGCCGUCAAAUUCGUGUUAACAGAUUUGACCCAAAUUCUGAUACUUUAUUUACAGCAUAUACGUAUAUUCAAAUCACAAAAAGUCCAAAAGAAACAAUUAACAGUGCACGGGCUCGCUAUAAUGUAUCAGCAUUUCGUGCGUAUUAUUAUAGAACAGACGCCACCUAGUUGUCCAUCGAGAUGACCUCCGAAGACUGCCGACAGUCAUUUAACCUAGUAUAAACAUAAAUAUAAAUAGAUAGCAAACACGUGCAACCGGAUUUUGAAGUUCUGUUUGAUUUUAUGUUAUGGUUAAAUAUAUAUGUAAAAUCAUCGUUUUACCUAAGAAUGAUUUUUGUUGGCUGGACCAGUCAAAACAAAUUUUGUUUCUAGUGUCUCCCUGAUUUCACUUUUCAAUGUUGACAUUCUUGUCUUUUUAGUGAAUGAACCACAUGCCAUGCAGAUCACAUGUGCAACCCGUUUCCACUAAAGGUUGAGUUAAAGGUUAUAUAAAUACGGAUUCAAAUUAGUUGAAUUAUUGACUUGCAAGUCAAUAAUACACCUGUGAAUUUUUUUUAGCUUAUUUUGAUGAAAUUAGACCAAAUUGACUGCUAAUAGCGAAAUAUUAUUUCUAUAUUCCGCUUUUGUAAACAUGUAAAUAUUUUAUUGUUAUGCCGAAUUCGUAGCUAUCGCCCCUUUAAAUAAUACAUUCCUGUAGAAUUUGAUCUUUUUACUGAAAUUUUGAAGAAAAAAAUAUUAAACCUCAAGAAAUUGAUUAUUUCGACCCAUUUUGAUGGUCAUUAGUAGACUGAAAUGAACGUCAAAGAGGCAAAGUUCUUUCUUUGUUUAUACAUAGUUUUAUUGGUAGAAGCAGAUACCAAAUGGACAAUUAAAGGCCAUAAGUGGAAUAGAGAAAGAAAACAUCAUGAUAAAAAGACGACGAAAAUGCAAACAACAGUCUACAUAACACUUCACGGAAAACUUAAUAUAGAGUAACACGAACUACCAAAAACCGGGAAUAAUCUUAGGUGUCCUUGUAUGGUACGCAUCUAUGAGUCUAUCACUAGUGGAAUCAAUCGUGUUACUCAUUACCAGUAAAAAUUCAUGACAACUCGCCUUCAGUGAUGUCCCAAUCGAGGAUAAAAGGAUGUGACUGUGGCUACAAGUGGAACAUGUCCGUGGUCGACUUUGACCAAAUAUUCUAAAAGGUCAAGUUGGCUUUAUCAGUUAGGAAACCAACAUAACCUUGCAAAGCCCUACUAGUACCAUUCUUAGUUUGUUUAUGUAUAAAUCAUAACACAUGAUCUGCAGAUAAAUAUUAAUGCAUCCGUAAUUAAUGUGUUGCGCUUGCAUCUAUACUUAGUAUAUAAGCUUCUGAUGAAUUAUUUAUCUGCUUUAUUUGAUCAUUGAUUACAUCGAAAUGACUGUUCAGCUUCAAUCAAAAAAUGAAUGCAAGACUACUGUAUAUGAUGAAUGUAAUUUGUUUGCUGCUGAGUGAAAUUUCACAAAACAAAAUAAAACAUCAUAAUUAUCAUUAUU